AAACUGCUUUUUCAUGAGGAAAAACUUGCAACGUUCCAGAAGGCUGCGAAUAUUGAAUGCACCAUUGUCAUGUGAUGUGAAAUCCUUGUUUUGAGAAGCCUUGAAAAGUUACAAAGGAGAUUCAAGUGUCAAUCAUCCUCGAGUUUCAAAAACGGAUUUCUGUCGUAUUUAUUAGUUUGACAGAAGGGAAGCUGGAGAUUGCAAUCGAUUUACUUGGCAGAGAGCCGCAAACUCACAGCGGACAUGGGUUGUUGUUUUAGCGGCGAGACAGAGGCCCCACAGCAGGAUCCAGAGAGUAAGCCUCUGAUCCAGCACUCAAACCCAGACAGCAAACCCGUCAAUGGCAUGGAACACAGCUUUCCCAGCCCUUCGUCAUACCGGAAUGAUGAGCAGGACCGCCUGUCAUCAAUCCUCUUCAAUACAGCACAGAACAUAAUUGACGUCUCAGCCUCAGACACUCAGGGGAUGGAGCAGCGUGAGUACAUGGACAAAACACGCCAAUACAGUAACAGACUGGCAGUGAUGGCUAACAGCCUGUCCCCAAAGUCUGUGGCUCUUCCCUCCCUCACCAGUCAGCCACACCAAGUGCUUGCAAGUGACCUUGUGUCACAUUCGGACCUGCAACAGGUUUCAAGGAUGGCAGCCUAUGCGUACAGUGCAAUCUCCCAGAUAAAGGUGGAUGUAAAAGAGGAUCUGGUUGUGCAGUUUGCCAUCCCUUGAUGGGGAACUGUGGUCCUCACUGCAUCUGUGUUCUCUGUCUCUCCCUCUUUGUCUCAAAUGUUUCUCCCUGCAUCCACCAUCAGCUUUUAUAAACUGCUGAUUCCCACUAUAUUCCCUCUCCUCAAGAUGCUCAGAGCAGUGUUUAAAUCCCAGCCAACACAGACAAAACAAACAUAACAUGAGUCAACAUGAGAACAUGAAUAACUGAAGAUGGUGUUCAUACUGUUUUUUUUUUUCAUUACUGUUGGUGAUCAAAAUAGUGUAAUCAAAUAGAAUGUUCACUCUUUGAAACAGGGAUCAAACUCUGGAGUAGAGCAGACUCUGUGAGGGGUAGGGGCAAGAGGGGCUCUAUCCUCUCUCUGCACGCCUGCUGGUCCAGAGAGGAUGGGGGGGCCAUGCUUAUCAACAUUUUGGUGAUUGAGUUGGGUCCCUCCCCCACUCUCACAUUUCACCAACACCACACAUUCAGUCAAGUUUGGUUAAGUUCGGAAGAGCAUCCCUUUACAAAACCCUAAGUUUGAGCGAAAAAAGUGAUUCAAACACCCAAUCAGAGUGAGGAAAAGUAAAUUAUUUGCUUAGCAAAUGUCCUUAUAUGGGGCAACUUUCAAAAGUUUGUUUUAACCUGCAGCCUUUGGGUUACCAUUCCAGCUCCAUAACCAUGUUUUGCAAGUAUCAGUGCCUUAAAGACUUUAAGAUGCAGAGACAAAAUGGAGACCAUGUUUACAGAUCUUCACUGUAUUCAUCUCACAUCUCAUCUGAUUUGCAGGCAGGAGGAGGCAUUUGUCUUGUUAAAGGUCAAUAUGUUCAACAGAAAAUGUUCGACAGGCCCAAGUUUGUCUAUGUGUGUGUGUGUGUGUGUCUGUGUGUCGAAGAUUUGACUGUGGUGCCAUGUCUGGCAAUCUGAAACCAACAGUCCUGUCAGCACUAAUGUUAAAUGAACAAUACUCUUCAUGCUCUGAAAAUACUUUCCAAGAAAAACUUCUGGUUUCAUAUUUAUUUUUAAUACAUUCACACUCACCUAUUUUUCUGUUUUGGUGCAAAUGCAGGCACUUUUGUGGGGUGUUAAAGGGAUGUAUCAUACAGCAUUUAAAGUUGUAAGGUACAUAUAGCUUUAAUUGCUGUACCAUAAAGCAAUUAAAACAUGAACAUAUAUAUUUUUAUUUGAUUCUUGCAUUGUGCAGAUUUUUUUAAAUUAAAUGUGCAAUACAGUUACAUUGCUCAUUACUA